UCCAACAUAUACGGUGUCGGUUCGUUUGUUCUUCCUGCUCCUCCUCCACCUCCUGCAUCUCCACUACUGCCGCCGUCGGUUUGAUUUAUACACACGACGUCGAGGACGUCGGCCGUCGGGUGCGGAGAGAGUUCACUCACGUAGUGAAAUACUCACGUAGUAAAAUUUAAGCGGCGAUUUUUAGGGUCGAAGUGGGGGACGUUUUUGUUGGUGCUGGUUUUUUUUUUUUUAAUUAUUUUGGUGUAAUAGUUCGUGCAAGAUUUUUUGAGAUGUGACAAAUGAACCAAAGAAUGUAACCAAUCAAGAACGAGAAACGAUGGAACCAGGUUCGUCGGGUCCGAACUCGUGGCGGCCAUUUAUCUCGACGAUAUUCCGCGAGAACGCGAAUUAUACGGCGGCCACGGUAUGGCCGCCCCCGCUCCUAAUGGGCGGCUACGUGACCGCCCCCUCGCCCGCCAACUUUUUCUCGAAAAUCAAGACGGCGGUGGUGCGCGUACCGCCGACCGAAGGCGACUCGUGGUACCCGAUGGAGUUUCAGGAGAAUUCGAGUUUUUAUUUUGGCGGGGGCGGGGGCGGCGAGGUAGGCGGCGGGGACGAGGCGGCCCUAAUGCCCGGGGGCGGUAAUUUUUCUAACCGCACUUUUUUUUACGAGGAUCCGUUGGACGAGUUGAACGCUACUAUUGAGAUGGUCACGAUGAUCGUCACGGCUGUUUUGUUGGGGUUGAUUAUAUUGGCCACUGUUAUAGGCAACGUGUUUGUGAUAGCGGCAAUUUUACUGGAAAGGAACCUGCAAAACGUGGCGAACUAUUUGAUCUUGUCGUUGGCGGUAGCCGACCUGCUGGUGGCGUGUCUGGUGAUGCCCCUGGGGGCGGUACAGGAGGUCAACAGGGAAUGGUCCCUGGGGCCGGAAUUAUGCGACAUGUGGACCUCCAGCGACGUUUUAUGUUGUACCGCCUCCAUAUUGCAUUUGGUCGCGAUCGCUCUCGAUAGGUACUGGGCGGUAACGAACGUGGAGUACAUACACCACAGGACAUCCAAGCGGAUCGGUCUGAUGAUCUUCAUAAUAUGGGUGGUGGCUUUUCUGGUCUGUAUCGCCCCAUUGUUGGGCUGGAAAGAUCCCCAUUGGGACCAAAGGAUACGGGAGCGACAAUGUCUGAUCAGUCAGGAUCUUUACUAUCAGAUUUUCGCUACGGCUUCGUCGUUUUAUUUGCCCCUUUUAGUCAUAUUGAUCCUGUAUUGGCGAAUAUUCCAAACUGCUCGUAAACGUAUCAGACGUCGGAGACAAAUGAAUAAUACCACGCAACAAGCGGAGAAAAAUCCAGCGGUUAGCGGAAUAGCCGGCGGUUUGGCCGCCGCAAGUGGAACAGGUGGAAUCGCCGCAGCGGUGGUAACAGUAAUCGGGCGCCCCCUGCCGACCAUCUCGGAAGCAACGACCACCACCGCCUUCACCAACGUCUCCUCGAACAACUCCAGCCCGGAGAAAACCUCCUUCGCCAACGGCCUGGAGGCGGACCUACCGACCGCCACCGGUGACAGUGGCGGAGGCGGCACCACCGCCCCCCAAUACCAUCCGGUAAAACGAAAAAACCGCGACGGUUUAGACUCGAAACGCGAACGUAAAGCGGCCAAAACCCUCGCGAUAAUCACCGGCGCGUUCGUACUCUGUUGGCUCCCCUUCUUCAUUAUGGCCGUCAUAAUGCCGAUAAAAGCGGACAUUUUCGAUAAGUACAUGGUGUCGAUCUUCUUGUGGUUGGGCUACUUCAACUCCACCUUAAAUCCGAUCAUUUACACGAUCUUCAGUCCGGAGUUUAGGCACGCGUUCAAAAAGUUGCUCUGCGGUCGAAAUUACGCGCGACGCAAUCGACACUUUGGGGGCGGCAUGAGGGGCGGCGGGGGCGGCGCGGGGUUGGCAUGAUGGCGGCAAAGUGGCCGCGAGCCUUCGGAUACGGGCGAGGCGCCGGUGGCGGCGCGACUUGCCGCCCUCGUUGCCGCCCCCGCGGUCACCGCCGGUUCCAAGAACGUGACCUUCAAGUGCGACUGAUCCGAAGAGAAACGGCCGCCCCGUGGUAGUCACGUGGUCUCGCCGAUCGUGGAGUACGAGAGUAGUAGCAGUAACGAGAGGGUGGUACUCGAGAUGAAAUCGCUUAAUGACUUUUAGGAUCAUUCACCUUUGUAAAAGUACGGAUUUUAGGGGUUAUUUUAAUUUCAUUGAUGUAAUAAAAUCGACAUAUUUGGGAAAUUUGUGGACCGAUUUGAUUGGUUUUAGUUUCGUAUGAAAGCCGAUGAGUUUCUUGAGCAAAAAGGUCCUUACAAGUUUCCUUGUAACUACAAUCCUUGCAAAGUUAUUGAGGGGUUUUUCAGUAGAUUGAAAAAAAAUUUUGAUACAAUCAAAGG